UCGUGAAUUUAGUUUGUCUGAGCCAUGUACAAGCUGAAUCAGCGUCGCAAAAAGUGGAAAAUGGUGAGAAAAUGGCAUGCAAUUGGAAAGUCAAACAGAAAUAGUAAGCGACACCUGUUGGCAAAACACAAAGGAUGUGCCUGCAAGCCAAAGCCAACCACUUGUCAAACACCAGAGAAGGAGGAUAUGGUCACAUCCAAUAGCAAUUCCUUCCUGCAUGAAUCUGUUCCUGUCGGGCUCAUUUCUUUAGUGAAUGUGAAGAAUUUGUUCAAUCCUCUUCAGACUGUGGUUUACUCCAUAUACUCCUGGUGGCUAAGGAACAUUAGGCAGGGUUUUGAAUUAAUCAAAGAUACUCUGUUUCCUUCACGUGUUUACCUGAGGGAACUGAAUGUACUCCGGCAACAUAUUGAAUCACUUGAGAUCAAAGUAACACACAUGCAAGAAUUCUUCAAUGAACAACAUCAGGAACCUAAUACUGCAAAAGCUACUGAAGUAUGUUUCUGUCGAAAGCAUUUUGAUUCCUUACCAGUUCCCAAUAAAAUUCCAAUAUGGCCAGUGCAGCCAAUUGUCAGUUGCACUCCGCUGAAGUCUCCAAAUGAAGCUCCUCCACCUCCACCUCCACCUCCGCCUCCACUACCUCCUUGCUCCCUGUUUGCAGUGAAGCCUCUGCAGAUUCAAACGAAAACGAGAGAAAAACACUUGCAAGCAAUCGGUGAGGAAAUCCUUAGACCCCCAUCCAUAACUAUAAAAGACUUGCUUCAAGUAAAACUGAAGAGGACUGUUGACAGAUUUGAAUUAAUAAAGAUGAAUCCUGAGAAAAAAGAUGGACCACCAUCUGUUACAAUAAAGGAUUUGCUUGAUGUGAAGCUGAGAGUGACCCAGAACAAAGUAGAAAAAGCAAAGAUGGAUGCACCAGGAAAACGGAGAUCCCCUUUGGUAACAAUCCAUGAUCUACAAAGUUUUAAUUUGCAGCGAAAAGUUAAUCAGUUGCAGAAACCAACAAAAAUGAUGAUUACUCCACAUCGACCCGUGCUGGAUAUUCGGCAGAGGCUAAAGAAAGUAAAUAUAGAAAGGAGCCCUGGUGGAACACCCCUCCACAAGGAGAGCAAAGAUACUGCGACAGGAUUGACACCAGUUAUGACCCAAGCAUUAAGACGGAAAUUUGAGAUGGCUCAUCCUAAAAGUCCUCCUCAAUGCUGCUCCUCACCAAACACCAGCUUUGAUGAGCAACAUGCUUGCUAAUUUUGCUUGUGCAAUGUAUUUUUUUUUUAAAUCAAAUGACAAGCCAUGUAAAUGUGUAUACAUUUAAAUGUACUUUUUACAAUGUUUAUACAAAUGGAUUAUAGCUGCUUAUUUCAUAUGUACUUUUAAUCAUUUUUGAUCAUUAUUCAUGGUCAGCCUGCAGUGUGUUGUGAAUCUUCAACGGUUAACUGAUGCUCUUCACAUAUUUGCAUGAUUUGCACUACUCCAGGGAGUGAAUCUGCAGACUGCGUAAGGGGAAAAGGCUGGUCAGUCCCUACAGAUCAAAAUAUUUAUUUGGGGUGUGUGGGGGGGGGGGGCAAGAAUGGCUCUACUUUUUAGAUUGAACCUGCAAUUUAUAAAUUGCAACUUUUACAGUUAUUUGACUUUUUAAAAUAUGUUUUUAAGACUAUACAUCAUACUUUAUUAAAUUAUUCACUGUUGGCUUUAAUUCCAAUCCCCUUGCAUCUUUUUAAAUGUUGGACGUGAGAAAUCAUUUAGGGAGAAAAUUUUCAUGAUUUCUGGGGUGGGGGGGGGAGUCUAAAAUCUGUUUUCUUUGACAUGUGUCCCAGUUAUUGGGGCUGAUUUGAAGUUAAUGAUCCCUGAUCAUGGAACUUGCCCAGUUCACGAUUCAAGGACAUUAUAAAUAAACCAAUAAUCAGCAAAACCUUUGAAUAUCAGCGCUUUGCAGCAUUGCAAAUGCUACAAGCUUACACUUGGUGUUGAAAUUAGCGCCUUGAUAAUUAGCAGGAAUUAAGUAAACUGGACCUGGAGUAAUUACUAACUUGUACGAACUAGAAAGUGUUCAACUUUCUCUAGCACAUAAACACAAGCUUGAUUUUUUUUCCCCCUCCCUUUAGAAAAACAAUGUCACUAGUAUCAUCUCUUUCACUUCACAUUUUAAUAAAACUCCAGAUGUUCAUGGUUCACUAUUUUUGUACCAACCAGCUUUUGCGUGGUGCUGUGCAAAAAUCUCGCUAUUCAAUUUUAUUCUAACCAGUAGAAACCAAACAUGUUAAGUAUUCUGUAUCAGGAACUACUGGGAAGCUCAAUUAAGAAUUUAAGGACCCCCCCCCCCCCCCCACCCCAUAACAGCAUUGGUGAGCUCUUUCCCCAUCACGUUCCUUGAGGUUUGAUGUAAUUCCUUGCAACCGAGAAGUAGUGAUGGUGAUCAUUAUUCACAAGCUUCAGAAUGGAUGUUCCAAAACUAUAUUUAUUACUUGAUUUGAGAUGAAUGACAUUUAACGAGUUUUACCAAACAAAACAAGAACAGUUGGUUGUAAUAUUUCUGUUAUAUCCCAAUGUUGUGUGUAUCUCGCUCAUUUUGUGGGAACUCGUAUGGAAUUACCAAGUGAGAGAGAAUUUAAAUUUAAAUGUUGCUAUUUAAUCAGUGCCAUUCCUGUUUUGGUCGUAAAAGACUGUAAAAAGAAUUGGUUGAACUGUUGAUGAUAGUCAUGUAAUGUGAUUUCUAACUUGUUUUCAAAUUACCAUUGAGAUUUUAACUGCGUGCAAGAAAUAAACUGGCUAAUUUCAUUCAAACUACUUUAUUUGCAAUGAAAAAGGCAAUAUCUUAGAGCUCUUAAAGAUAGCGAAGUCAAGGGAUAUGGGGAGAAGGCAGGAACGGAUUACUGAUUGUGGAUGAUCAGCCAUGAUCACAGUGCUGGCUUGAAAGGCGGAAUGGCCUACUCUUGUGUCUAUUGUCUAUCAUUGAAUAUCAAUAUUCUGCAAGAUGCCUUGCACCAUUCUGUCAAUAGUUGAGCAAGCCUGUGUUACUGGAAUUAAUAACAGUAUAUCGUAUGAGCUGUCUUAAAACCCAUUUUUUAAAAUAAAUAAAUAAAUGGAUAGAAUUCAGCCAAGACUUAAAUUGUCAAAAGGCACAAAGUAUUGGGGUCAGGCAACAUGGAUAGGUGACAUUUUGGGUCAGGACCCUUCAGUCUGAAUGGUUCCAACCUGAAAUGUUAUGUAUCCAUGUUCUCUCGAGAUGUUGCUUGACCCAUUGAGUUACUCCAGGACUUUGGUUUUUUGUAAAUCAGCAUCUGCUGUUCCUUGUGUCUCUGAUCUUGUUUAGUUGUCAUAUGUGCCAGCAAUGGCACAAUUAAAUUCUUAUCCACAGCCGCUUAAGGCCCAUAAGUGCCAUAAUGCACAUAGAUAUAUAUUCAUCAAUAAUGCAAUAAAUUCAUAAUCAUUAAUGUUCAGUAACCAAGCAAUAAUAAUGCAAAACCAAAGUCCAUUGUGCAAGUGAAAGUACAGUCCAUAGUAGGUCAUAGUUGCUGAGGUUAAUUUUGUCAUGUUUGAGAGUCUAAUGGUCGCUUGGAAGAAGUUGUUCUUGAACCUGGAGAUCAGUUUUCAGGCUCCUGUACCACCUUCUCAAUGGUAGUAGCAAGUUGAGACCAUAGCUAGGGUGGUGUGGGUCUUUGGCAUUAACUGUCCUUUUGAGGUAGCGCCUCCUGUAAAUCCAUUUCAUGGUGGGGCAGUCAGUUUCCAUGAUGGAUUUGUCAAUGUCAACCACUCUCUGCAGCCUCUGUGCUUUUGGGUGUUCAAGCUGCUGAACCAGGCCAUGAUCCAACUAGUUGAUAUGUUCUCUACUGUACACCUUUAAGUUUAAAAGCGUAUUUGACAUACUGAAUCUCUUCAAUCUUCUAAGAAAAUUGAAGGAUUGAUGUGCAUUCUUCGUGAUUGUGUCAGUGUGCUGAGCCCAGGACAAAUUUUCAGAGAUAUGCAUGCCCAGGAACUCAAGGUGUUGAUUCUCUCCAUCACCAUCCUGUCGAGUUGUUCAUGGAGCUGUACAGCUGGCUAUGCAGUCAUUGGUAUAGAGUGAGCAGAGCAGGGGGCUAAGCACAUUGUCUUGAGGUGCUCCUGUGUUGAUGCUUAUUGAGGAAGUGUUGUUGCCAAUUUGUACUGAUUGUGGUCUGCUGAUGAGGAAAUUGUUUCCAAAUCAAAAUAAAAUGCUACAGAUUUUUUUAAAUUACAUAAUGAAGCACUUUGAAUCCAGAUUUGUCUUGGAAGUCUUUCACAAAACUAGUCUUGUAAAUUUGUUCAAUAAAAACAACACCUUAUCUCUAACUAAAUAGUGGUACUUUGACAAAGAUAUUAACCCAAAAAAAUCAGCCAGUACCAAAGAUUGCACUGUUCCCAAUAAUUGUAAAGUUGAAAUAGUUCUCAAAAGGUUAAGUUUUCAACUUUAAAAACAUUUUGUAUUGACAUUUUUUAGCAUUUGUCUGUAAUACAUUUUAGCCUCCGGCUCAUAUUGCAAUGAACUGCUUCUAUAUUUAUUUAAUAAACAUUGAGAAAUGAA